AUGUUAGUUUUCAUCAUUUUCACUGUAUUCUCUGUGAUUGCUGCUUCUAGUCGAUUCGGUGAACCUAGAUCAGGAGGGGUGGCAAAACUAGAUCCGAGAGAAUAUGAGAUUCUCAGUGUUGGAAAACAAUCUGUCGCAGGAGAGAAAUUCUAUCUUGACAUAGUUUUUGGAGAGUCAACAUGUGAAAAAGAUGUUCAAAUUUCUGAUUUGUUUUUUGUGGAAUGUUCAUUGAAACAAGAUGGUCAACGUUCUAUCUGGAAAGUUACUGAUCAUGAACGAGUAUGGAUGAAAGGUGCUGAAAGAAACGUCGUUACAGUUUCUAAAUGUAUGUCUCUCACCUACAAUGCAGAUGAAAACUACUACGAACCGCCUCUAACACCACAGCCAACCUGGGAUCUCCCGUGCACUUAUGAACAACUGGGUAGACCCGAACACAAUCUGGACAAGUUUAUAGAAGCAAUGUUUCAGUCGGUCUCGCCGGCGGCUACCACGCCUGGACCGGGUCAGAUAGUGGCUUUACAACAGAUACAAGCGUUGAUGGCUCUUCAACUCCAGCAAAACAACAUAUUUCCAAAAGUUGACGAUCAUUCUAGCUCCCCCACCCCUGAAAUGGCAUCUCCAUCGGCGAAACGAAUAAAAUUGUCGCCAAACACAAGCAAUCACAGUGAUGUAAGUGUUGCCUCAACGUCAAAAGGAAUCAGUGGAGAGGCGAAAAAGUCACCCAAGAUAUUCAGAAACCACCGUCCUUUUUUCUUUGGCCAUCCGAGAGCUUCUACUAUUCCUGCCCUGGGAAUCUUCGCAUCGGGUAUCCCACGACGAGAGCUACUUCUCCUUCGGGAAGACCCCCCUUCAAGACUCGACUUUCACGCGCCACCCAUCCAUCCGGUCCCAUCGUCUCCGUCGCCGCCAACGCCACGAGACUCCGAGAUGGAUUAUCAUCAGUCUUCUUCGGUAGCUUCUUCCGAAUCAUCCACAGCAUCAACAGUAGCAGCAGCGGCUGCUGCUGCCGCUGCCGCUUCUAUUCAUCAGCAUCAUCAUCCUCAUCACUUGACAAUGAUGAUAGAUGAAAAGCCAAAUCUAUCAGCUCUAUAUUGUGAUGAUGGUUUAUUAUCAAGAAGUUUGACUGAUAUGGUAUCCUCUGGUGGGUAUGAUAGUUCUUCAUCAGCUCUGAGUGCAGCUGCAUCAAUGUGUUAUCCAACACCUGAUGCAUAUUAUUAUCAUCCACCAAUACCUCCUCAACCACCCCAACAACAGCAAGGGUUCGGUCCAACAGAUGCGUGGCUUCAGAUGCAAAUGCAGCCAACAUAUCAUAACUUCAGUAAUACUGUAGUUUCUACUAAUUCCCCUCUUCCAAAUCAUCUUCUCAGUUAUGGCGGACAACCUUCGUUCGGUAAGUGUCAAUGGGGUAAUGAGAGAAAUUAUAAUUGCGUAAGAAGGGCUUUUGGCGCCACCCACAUCACAAUCAUCCCAUAUCAAUCUCUCACAUACAUAUUGAAAAGUUUUUCCAUUCGAUUGUCCCGGUUACAUCGAAUGCUCAACCCAUAUUACUAUCCGUAUUAUUAUGGACUCGGAACUCCAGUUCCUCCGAUUCCUCCCGCUACUACGGGUGCACCAGCCUUUCCUAUGAGCUCUGUGUCUACUGUAAUCACUAGUACUGGUAACGCGACAUACACUUCUCCAAGUGGCUCAACAUUAACCAAUCUCGAGUCUAUCGGCAGUGGGUCAUCUGAUUUUCCAAACGGCCCGCCAGCUCCGACCUUCCCACCGCCGAACUUCUCGACUCCAACUCCGUUCCAAUUUAACUUCAAUUCGUUCACUCCUGUUCCGUCAGGAGCGCUGACAAACCCAGUCGUGAACACUCCGAAAAGAUAUGAACCAUACGAUAAAAAGAGCUCGAAUCCUAAAAAUACGCCGGCUAGAAAUCGAUUUGGGCAAUUCUCAAGUGCUAUGGGAAACAUGGGAAUGUUCGGUUUGGCUGAUCCAUUCUACACUCUUGGACAAGCCACUCCGAAUACUUCUUCAUUUCUGGACACGUCAUCAUCAAGUUUCGGUCUCCCAUCUUCAGCCGUCGCCAAUCCAAUGUCCAGUUAUCAAGCAGCUUUCCAAGGAAAACUGGCAAAUCUUCACAGUAUGAUAAGUGGAUCUGCUCAGACAUUAACAAGCGAUCGGAUGAUUGAUUUCAUUAAGAACAAGGAGACAUUGGAGUGCAUCAUAUCUAUAUUCCACGCCAAAGUUGCCCAGAAAUCAUACGGAAAUGAGAAGAGAUUCUUCUGUCCACCUCCAUGUAUCUAUCUGAUCGGUCAGGGAUGGAAAGUCAAGAAGCAGCGUGUUUUCGAGUUGUUCAAGACUUUUAAAGCAAAUUCACAGAAAGAUCUUUUGAAUACUAUGGAAACUGAGCCACUUCACGAGCAACAAGCUUCGGAGCUUGUCGCGUACAUAGGAAUUGGAUCAGACAACUCGGAAAGACAACAGUUAGAUUUCUCCGCCACCAAAGUGAGGCAUCCAGGAGAUCAGAGACAGGAUCCAAAUAUACAUGACUAUUGUGCCGCCAAAACACUUUUCAUCAGCGACUCGGACAAACGAAAGUAUUUCGAUUUGAAUGCUCAGUUCUUCUAUGGAUGUGGAAUGGAGAUAGGACAAUUCGUUUCACAACGAAUCAAAGUUAUCUCGAAACCAUCGAAAAAGAAGCAGAGUAUGAAGAACACCGACUGUAAAUACCUGUGCAUCGCCAGUGGAACGAAAGUUGCUCUCUUCAAUCGUCUCCGAUCACAGACAGUGAGCACGAGAUAUCUUCAUGUUGAAGGUGGUGCUUUCCAUGCUUCGUCGACAAAAUGGGGAGCUUUCACCAUCCAUUUGUUUGAUGAUGAACGUGGAAUGCAGGAAGCUGACAACUUCGCUGUUCGUGAUGGAUUUGUAUAUUAUGGAAGUGUCGUGAAGCUUGUGGAUAGUGUGACUGGAAUAGCUCUCCCAAGACUGAGAAUUAGAAAGGUCGACAAGCAACAAGUGAUUCUGGAUGCAUCAUGUAGUGAAGAACCAGUAUCACAACUGCAUAAAUGUGCAUUCCAAAUGGUCGAUAACGAGAUGGUCUACUUGUGUCUCAGUCAUGACAAGAUCAUUCAACAUCAAGCACAAGCCGUCAAUGAGCAUCGUCACCAAAUCAACGAUGGAGCUGCGUGGACAAUCAUCUCAACUGAUAAGGCUGAAUACCGAUUCUACGAAGCGAUGGGAGCCGUCGCCAGUCCGAUAUCACCGUGUCCAGUUGUCGCAUCACUUGAAGUCACCGGAAACGGAGAAAAAGUAGAAUUACAUGGAAGAGAUUUUAAGCCCAAUUUGAAAGUGUGGUUUGGAGCAACUUCAAUGGAAACGACGUUUGAAAGCGAAGAGAAAGUUACGUGCUCUAUACCACCGGCUUCGCAAGUGAGAAAUGAGCAGACGCAUUGGAUGUUCACGAAUAAGCAGACGAAUGAUGUAGAGGUUCCGAUUGCACUGGUUCGAGAUGAUGGUGUCAUCUAUUCAACGGGUCUAAUCUUCUCCUACAAAUCAUUAGAACGACACGGAAACAUGCGAAUCCUUUCCACUUUCUAG